CUGAUUCGCCGUUUGCUUUGUCAAAGUGACAAUUGCUAUACAGAGAGGUGGUACGUUUGUGUAUUUUAGAAUAUUUGUUAUAAAUAAACAAAUAGUACCGGUAUGGGUCGCCGUAAAUCAAAAAGAAAGCCUCCGCCAAAAAGGAAAGCUAUAGAACCACUCGACCAACAGUUUAACUGUCCCUUCUGUAACCAUGAAAAAUCUUGCGAAGUGAAAAUGGAUCGAGCGAGAAAUACGGCGAGAAUACAAUGUCGAGUUUGCCUAGAAGAUUUUCAAACCACAACCAAUGUUUUAUCAGAACCCAUAGAUGUUUAUAAUGACUGGGUUGAUGCCUGUGAAACUGCUAAUUAGUUUUAAGGUUAUUUUAAGUUUCAAGAUAAUUAUGUUAUUCAAGAAAAGUAUGCUUGGUUUAAAUUGAAUAAAUAUGUAUAUUUAAUUAUGUCCAUUGCGACCAUUAAUCUCACAUAUUUUUAUUAAAAUCUUUAAAAAUGAAAUUAUAUCUAUUAUUUUGGCUAUGUAGUCCCAAGCAUUUAUAACUAGACUGAAAUUGUUUUAGCUCUAGUUUCAGCAGUUGCUAUGAAAAAGUCCCACACAAUGCUCUAAUAAUGUAUUCUUCACGGUGGAGAAAUGGGUAGACUACAAAUACUCAGAUUAUGAAAAUAGAUUUUCAUAUAUUCAAUUAGUUAAUGUCCAUUAAUUUAAACCUAUCCAUGUAUGAAUUUAAAGAACCUGUUCAAUAUUUGUCACUUGGUGUAAGUCAAUUCUGAAGAUUAAAAUAUUUAAUUAUAGAACAAGGACAUUGCAAUUUCCCAUUAUAUUUUAUGAU